AUGCUGGGCAGCGGGGCCAAGGCGACCAAGCCUUCCUUCGUGUCCUACAUCAGCCCAGAGGAAAUACAUAUAAAGAAGCCCACAGAAAAGGAAGUAAAUCCUCACUUACUGCCAGGUGAACUGCUGCUUUGUGAGGCAAACACAGUAUACAAAUACAUACAAGAAGAUGGGUCAGUUCGUGGUACCUAUGGGAAACUUGUAUGUACAAACUUCAAGAUUGCUUUCCUUGAUGAUGAUUCUGCUCCAGAUGAAAAUGAGCCACAAUUUAAGAAUAAGAUUGUAGGAGAAAAUGACAUAACUCUGCAAUGUGUAGAUCAAAUCUAUGGUGUUUAUGAUGAGAAGAAGAAGCUUCUAACUGGACAACUGAGAAAAUACCCAGAAAAGCUAAUUAUCUACUGUAAAGACCUUAGAGUAUUUCAUUUCUGCCUGAGAUACACAAAAGAAGAGGAAGUGAAAAGAAUCGUCAGUGGUAUAGUUCAUCAUAGCCAGACUCCUAAGCUGCUUAAACGCUUGUUUCUGUUCUCUUAUGCAUCAGCUGCCCCAAACAACACAGAUGGAAGAAACCAAACUGUGAUGUUUGAUACUCUUGAAGACUGGCGUUAUGAGUUGGAGCGGACCAAAGGGAAUGUGAAAUACAAAGCAGUGACUACCAAUGAAGGCUACGGAGUGUCUGAAAAGCUGCCUUUAUAUUUCGUUGUUCCCAUGUGCAUUUCUGAAGAGAGCAUCUUCAAGUAUGAAGGUAGAGGCAUUCCUAUCUGGUGUUGGUCUUGCCAUAAUGGUGCUGCUCUUCUCAAAAUGUCUGCAUUUCCCAAAGAACAGGAUGACAGCACUUCACAAAUGCAAAAAGCCUUCUUGGAUGGAAUCUAUAAGACAAUUAGCAAACCUCCCUAUGAACUCCUGAAGACAGAAGACUUGUCAAGCAGCCUUCCAUCUUUGCAAGAUAUCCAGACUGCGUAUACAAGAUUUAAACAGCUGUUUUUGAUAGAUAACAGUACAGACUUCUGGGCAACAGAUGUGAAAUGGUUUUCAUUACUGGAGAGCACAAACUGGCUAGAGAUAAUCAGGCGAGUUUUGAAGAAAGCAGUAGAAGUUACUGAGUGUCUGGAAAGACAGCAUACAAACGUUCUCCUUAUAGAAGAGAGUGCUACUGAUCUGUGCUGUGUAAUCUCUAGCCUGGUUCAAGUGAUGAUGGAUUCAUACAGCAGAACAAAGUCUGGGUUUCAGAGCCUUAUUCAGAAGGAGUGGGUAAUUGGAGGACAUGGGUUUUUGGACCGUUGUAACCACUUACAUAAAAGUGACAAAGAAGAGGCUCCUGUUUUUCUCCUCCUGCUAAAUUGUGUUUGGCAGUUGGUACAACAGUAUCCUCCAGCAUUUGAAUUCACAGAAACUUACUUAACUGUCUUGUCAGACAGCCUCUAUGUGCCUAUUUUUAGCACUUUCUUCUUCAAUUCACAACAUCAAAAAGACAUUAAUACGAGUGGUGAAAGCCUCAAGAUACAAAGCGGUCCUUUCAGAUUUCUUACUGUGUGGGACUGGUCUGUGCAGUUUGACCCCAAGGCCCAGGCUUUUCUGAACAACCCUCUUUAUGCAGAAAAGCCAAAACCAGAUAAAAGUCAGCGGAAAACUGCACGAUUCAAACAUCAGCGGCAACUUUCUUUGCCAUUGACACAAACCAAGUCUUCCACAAAGAGAGGAUUUUUCAGGGAGGAAACAGAUUAUUUAAUCAAAAACAUUCUUGGCAAAAGAAUUGGCAAGUUCAUAAAUUCUCCUGAUGAACCCCCUAAUAGCUUCAGGGAAUUUUAUGAUAGCUGGCAUAGCAAACCUGUUGACUAUCAUGGCCUUCUGUUACCUCGCAUUGAUGGCCCUGAAAUCAAAGUCUGGGCACAACGGUAUUUACGAUGGAUUCCUGAAGCCCAGCUUCCUGGUGGUGGUACAAUAGCUACAACUGCCAAGAUUUUGGAGUUGAUGGAGGAAGUGCAAAGCCUGCAGGUAAAAAUGGAUGAAGAACAUAGUCAAGGUACUUUUGGAGACAUACAUUCCAUUCCUAUGCUGAGAAAUUCUGCCCGUUUGUCAUCCUUGUUUCCAUUUGCUUUACUACAGAGACAGUCUGUCAAACCAGCUUUACCAACUAGUACCUGGAAAGACUUGGAAGAAGAAGAUGACUUGGUCAAGAGGGAUGAUGAAUUUGUUGAUCUAGGUGGUGAAAUGUUAUAA